AUGUCUAUCCAAGGUUCCUACCUUGGUGUCCCUUAUGUUAUAACAGUUGUGUAUGGUUCUAAUGAUGGUGUGGUGAGAAGAUUACUCUGGCAACAGCUACGUGAUCUAGCUGAUAGCAUUGGUCAUUUUCCUUGGAUCCUUGGAGUCAAUUUUAAUGUUACUCUCCAUCAUUCUGAGAGUUGUGCUUCUGAUCUUCUGGGUCCUUUCAUUUCCUCUGAUAUGUGUGACUUCCAAGAGGUUGUUUCUAACCUCGAUCUGAUAGAUCACCCUUUCUUUGGUCCCUCCUACACUUGGUGCAACAAACAGAUUAAUUCUUUUCUUGCUAGGAAGCUAGACAGAGUUAUUGUUAAUUCUAAUUGGAUGAGAAGUUUUAAGACUUCUCAUGUUGAAUUUCUCACCCCGGGUAUUUCCGAUUACUGCUUGGCUUUGGUUUGGCUUUCUAAAGAAUUUCAAACUAAUCGUCCCAAGCCCUUUAAGUUUUUCAACUUCUGGGUUCAACACCCUAACUUCUUGAAUGUUGUUCGUCACUCUUGGAUGAUUCCAGCUCAUGGAAAUCCAAUGCAAUGCCUUUUCUCUAAAUUAAAGCGGUUGAAAGCUAACCUUAGAGAUCUCAAUCAAUCUCACUUCAGUGACAUUACUGCCAGGGUUCUCCAAAACAAAACUAAACUGGAAAUCCAACAACUUAAAACUUUAAAAGGUGAGGAUGAAGUUGUUAAGGAAAUCCAGCUGCAAGCUGAUCUUAAGUCCCUUGAAGCUGCUGAAAUUUUGUUUUUAAAACAAAAAACUAAGAUGCAAUGGCUUAAAGAUGGAGAUAAAUGUUCCAAACUUUUCCAUUCUGCUCUAGCCAUAAAAAACAAAAGAGAAACCAUUCGUAUCUUGGUUGACGACCAAGGAAAUAGGCUGGAAACAUUUGACUCUAUGUCAGCAGAGGUGAUAAGUUAUUUCACCAACUUAAUUGGUACUAAAGAACCUGAAGUGAAAACUCCUGACCCCUGCAUGUUAAAAAACAUUCUCCAAUACUCUCUGCCUGUGGAAAAUGUUGAAGAUCUUAUUAAGGAAGUUACUAAUGAUGAAAUUAGAAACGCUUUAUUCUCUCAGGGAAAUGACAAGUCUCCCGGUCCCGAAGGUUAUACUCCUUAUUUUUUCAAACAAGCUUGGCCUAUUAUUUCUGAGGAUGUUAUUGCUGCCAUUAAACAUUUCUUUCAAGAAUCCUUCCUUCUUCCAGCCUUCAAUGCUACCACCAUAGCUUUGAUUCUCAUCCCUGAUAUUAUUUCUCUCAACCAAACCGCUUUUAUAAAAGGGAGAAGUAUUGUGGAUAAUACACUUCUAGCUCAAGAACUGGUCCGCAGAUUCUCUAUUUCCUUUAAUGGGAGUCUUAUUGGUUUCUUUAAGAGAGCUAAAGGCAUUCGUCAAGGUGAUCCCCUCUCUCCUCUGUUAUUUGUUCUCUCUAUGAACAUUCUCUCUAAACUCCUCAAUUUAGCAACUGCCAAAGGUACUGCUGAUUCUGUUAUUGGGGUUUCUAGUGUCCUUGAUAUGUUUUAUGAGAUGUCUGGCCUUAAGAUUAAUGCUUCGAAAUGUGACCUUUAUGCUGCUGGUAUUCAUUGUUCAAUUCUGGAGGAAAUCAAACUGCUCACUGGGUUUAAAAUUGGCAGACUUCCUGUUAGAUAUCUCGGAAUUCCUCUUGUCACCAGGAAAAUUACUGAAAGUGAUUGUGCUUCUCUCUUUGAUAACAUUAGAGCAAGGUUAAAUCAUUGGACUACUAAAUCUCUAAGCUAUGCUGGAAGGAUGGAAUUAAUCAAAGCUAUCCUGUUCAGUGAGGAUAAAGCUGCUAAAGGAGCUAGAGUAAGUUGGCAAAACAUCUGUCUUAUGAAAUCUGAGGGAGGGCUUGGUCUUAAAGAUUUGAAGACUUGGAAUAAAGCUUGUAUGAUCCUCCAUAUCAAUAAUAUUCUAGCAGGCAAAGGUUCUCUAUGGGUUGCAUGGUUCAAACACUAUGUCCUUAAAGGCAACACUUUUUGGAAUUUUAAUGUUCAUCCCUCUUGUAGUUGGAAUUUAAGGCGUAUUUUUAAACUUAGAACCGAGGCUUCCUCAGUGUUGACUGCUGGAACUAUGAAAGUUUCUACAAUUUGGGAUGCACUUCGUGAUAAUAGAUCCCAAGUCCACUGGCAGAAAAUUAUCUGCUUGCUCUUAAUUCCCUCAUCUAUGUCCUAUGAGAAGAAAGAAACAGGAGGCUCUUUCAAGGUCGCUGCAGAGAGCUGUUUACUGUCAUUAAGGAUGUGUUCUUUGUCCAAGAGAGGCAGAGACCUAAUGAUGCAGGCAACUAUGAAGUACAAUAAGGAAGAUAGAUCUGGGGAAAAAAACAGUCAAGAGUUUAAAGGCCUAAAAGCAGAUGAGCAAUUUUUCCCUGCUUGUGUUCCUCAAGCUCAUCUCUUCUUUAACCAACAUCCAAAUCCCCUUUGCCUUUCUCCACUUGUGUUUGGAUUGAGAGAAAAGAAAAAGAAAAUUCUGGAGAAAAGAGAGUACGAGAGGGGAAGCAUACGAUAA